UUUUUUAUUUUUUUUACUCCUCAAAAAAUUUUAAAAUAUAUUUAAAGUCUCAAAAAAUAAAAAAAUAAAACAAAAAAAAAAAAUGCAAACCGUUAGCUUGUAUUCCUCUCGGCCUCCAAUUUUCCCUCCACCAAUCAAAAACCCCGCGUUCCCCUGCACGCUUCCCCGAGCAAUCUCCCCCCGCCGCCGCCGCCCGACCGCCUCAUUUUCCGUGCCGAGGAGGCGCGACCGAGGCGGCGAUUCGGUCGACGAGGAUUUGAUCACGCUGCGGAAGCGCAUACGCGAGAUGCGGGACGCAGAACGUGCCAACGAUGGCGGCGACGACGACGGCGACGAGGGUCUGCUGACGACGACGUCGGAUUGGACGGAGUGGGAGCGGCAGUACUACGAGGAGCAGUACUUGUCGGACGUGUGCGAGUUUGUCGGGCUCGUGCAGACGCUCCUGAUGAGCACUCGGCCCUCCGUGGCCGUCGGAUCGAUCGCGCUGAUCGGGCUCAGCGUCCCAACGGCCCUGAUCCUGAUCGCCUUGCGCCUGGCAGAGGCGUUGGCGUUAAUGCACGGAAAUUGAUGGUGGAUUUUCUUUCUUUUUUUUUUCUUUUUUCUUUUGUAUACAAUGAUUGGUUAUAGUUACUACAGCUUUAGUUUUUUUCGGUGUUCGUGUUUUUUUUUUUUUACCUAAUAUCAACAUUUAAUGCAAAGUCGGCGCCGUUACGUACAUUGUAAUGAUUGUGGAAAUAAUGUCGUUGCCGACUUUGGUAGCUAUAAUUAUGAGUGUGCUUUUUAAUCUUUGGUGAUUAAUUUAUUUAAUUUGGAAAAGAAAUAUGAAUAGAUGUAUCCAUUUUCACAAUGCA